AUGCCAACUUUCCAGAUGGCUUCGAUCAAAUCCUCCCCAGCUGUGCUGCCUGGCAACAUCAGCGCGGUACCUCAGCUCGUGUCUGACAUUGCGGCACGAGGCCAUGAACUUCAGUCUGCAGGCAAGGUAGCUCUCAGAGCCCGCCUGGAGCUGCUCUCAAAGGCACGCGAGCUAGUCGCGGCACUUGAAACUCCCCGCGAAACGAUGAUCCGCGACAUCUGGACAGAGCCAACAUACGUGAUGGCGGUCGACUUCGCAUUCGAAUCCGGGGUGUGGAAACAGAUGGUCGCGAAUGGUGACGUGCCUCAAAAAGUCGCCGAUUUGGCCAAGCAGCUCGGUAUACAAGAAGAGCUCUUGCAGCGUUUGAUGCGUCACAUUGCUGCCACUGGUCGGCUAGAUGUGGUUGGCCCAGAUGAGUACGCGCCGAACGUCUUCACGAGGGCCCUCGCGGAUCCUGUGCUUGCGUCAGGCUACAGAUAUGGGUAUGGCGUGCUCCCAUUUAUACAGAUCCUUCCGAAUGACUUACCUGGAGACAGUCCGUCAGUCAUCAACCCGAUUUGUAUACAUGCCCAUAAGUACUUUCAGAAGCGAGGGUAUACCGUACCUACAACCCCAUUCAACAAUGCCUACCAAUUCGCACAUCAGACCGAGCUGCAUAUGUUCGACCAUAUAACGCAAGAAAAACUUCGACCCUGGGGCGAUGACUUCAACAAUCUCAUGAGGGGAUAUUUCACUGGGCGGCCUGCAUGGGCAGACCCGGCUUUCUAUCCUGCGCAAGACCGGCUGAUCGAUGGUUUUGAUGCAACGGAUAAGAAUGCUGUUAUGGUCGUUGAUGUGGCUGGUGGCGCGGGCCACUACACCGAGCAGUUCCGAUCAUUGUUUCCCGACGCUCCUGGUCGGCUUGUGGUGCAAGACUUACCUCGAGUCAUUGACAGUACCCCCGACCUCCAUCCAAAGAUCGAAAAGAUGCCAUACGACUUUUUCACGGAGCAACCUGUGAAAGGUGCGCGUGCAUACUAUACGCAUUUCAUCCUCCACGACUGGCCCGACGAUGAUUGUGUCAAGAUCGUUGGUCGGAUCAAGGACGCGAUGAAGCCGGGAUACAGCAAAUUCCUCGUCCACGACCACGUGGUUCCUCUGCUGGGCCAGGACGCCGAACAGACCGCGCUCGAUCUUCUCAUGAUGAUGAACUAUGGAGCAAAAGAGCGCAGUGCUGAUCAGUGGUCCGAAUUGCUGGAGAGAAAGUGUGGAUUGAAGAUCACCGAUAUCUACCACUUUGUCAAUGGCGUUGAGAGUGUGAUUGAGUGUGAGCGUCCGGUAUAG